UCGUCGAUUUAUUAUUUUAAGUUUAUAUCAAUGGAUGUUGGUGAAAAAGGAUGUGUAACUAAGGUGCAGGCAACUUCAGAUUUAAAUUUGAAAUACGUUCAGCCUGACGAACUGGAAGUGACAUGGAAGGCAGAGAAACGAGAGAGGAUGAAGCAGAGGGAGCAGAGAAUAUGGGAGCAGUUUGUCCAGGAGAAAGAUAUUGUGAAUGUAAUUUGUAAAGAUGAUCCCUACUAUUUCAAAGAGGAUCUUCCAGAAUCAUACAUAUUGGAUUUACUGGAACAGGAAUUUCAGAACAUGCAUAAUGAAGAAAUUGAUAUUGAUGUUCAGAAUGAAGAUUACUCAGAAGGUUCAGAAGACGAAAAUGAUUUAGAUGCAGCAUAUUCUGAUGUGGACAACACAUAUUACAUGUAUCAUGAAGACGACGAAUCAGGUCAAGACGAAGAAUGUAAAGAAUCAAUAGAUAGCGCACCGUGCACUGUAAGAGAAGCACACAAGGAGCCUGACAUGAUGCCAUCAUUAGUAACACCUAGAUCCGACCAUGAGAAUAAGAUAAAAAGUCAAUCAUCAGAGAAUAUGAUUGAGAGCAGUGUUUACUGCGCCAAAAUAAAAGAAUUACAGGAGAAUAUAAAUAACGAAGCUGUUAAAAUGAUCUCAUUUUUAGAGACAACUGUCAUCAACAUAGAGCCAGAAGAUGUGGCAAAGUUGACAAAGAGGUCCAGCGAGUUCUGUGUGAGAUUCAACAGGGUGCAUGUGUACCAGCUACAGAGACAGCUUCGCGAUAUAACUCGUCACGCGGACACGGCGCGUGCGGGGGGCGGGGCGCGACAUACGCACGCGCGCGCGCUGUGCGUACGCCUCGUGUCGAUGCUGCAGAGUGUCUUGCAGGCUUUACAGGCGGUAAGCAAGCUGUUAUCAGCGGGUGGGUGGUGCGACGCGGGGGGCGGAGCUAGCACGGGGGGCGUGGCCAGCGCGCUGCUGUCCGUACUGCGGGACAGCGCCGCGCCGCACCUGUACGUCGCCGCCGGCGUUGACGUCGACGUAAACAUGGCGUCCAUCUGCGAGCAACUAGACGCGGCGUUCAACGCACACGCUACCAGAGUCACGGAAUAUCUGAACAAUCUUACCACGGUAACUGAGUUCCGCAGUUCUUCAUAUGCUGAUAAGACGAGUAGAUCCAACAAGAAGCGAUUUAUUGGAGCUCGUGCUAAGAAUAACACACGUGCGGUAGACCAGCGUCUAUCGAUGUACUCGAUGGACGCGCCGCGCCCGCGACGUCUCGCCACUGCUCGUAGUUCGCUCAGCGGCAUGUCCAAAUCUCGUAUGAAUGCGGGAACUCAAGACGUCAACUCCAAAGACACACCAAAGAAGACUGAGUCUAAGCCUAGACUGCGUCGCCGCCCGCUCCCUGAGCCGCAAACUCUAGUGGAGGCUGUUGACUUAAAUUCACUCAGCCAAGUUGCGACUCCACGCUUAUCGGCGAGAAGCGAAAUCGUCCCACCGCUGAACAUAACUACACCUAAAACUAACAUCAAGAAGAAAAGUAGCAGAACUUCUGUGAAGGAAGAAGGUGGUAAAGAAGAGAAGAAAGUAGAAGGCUCAAAUCACGAUGGAGAUAAAGGUGGCGAUUGCAACAACGGAGAGAACAAAGCCUCAGAGAUAUCCAACAUCAAUGAAAGUACCAGAAACGACUGCGCAGAAGGAAAAAAAAAUGUUCAGCUCAUUUGCGUUACAGACACUAAUCCACUAAAAUCCACCCCCAGAAAAGAAGAGAUAUUAAAUAAAGAUAAUGUGAAGUCACCAAAAGAGUUACAAACCGGCACAUUGAACGUAGACAAAUACCGAAUGACUUUGGACGUGCCAGAGCAAGUGAUCGACAAGCUGAUGCGGUACAGAAGUAAUUACAUGCAGUACAUGCUGACUAGUGCUUUGUAUGCCAACAGUUCGUUGGGGAAGCCGUUAGAAAUGAUCAGCAGCGUGUCCGAAAAGAUUGUCGACGACCUUCUCCUGAAUUGUGUCAAUGAAAUGGAACUGAAGGAGUUUGCUGAGGAGCUGUGCAAGAGUGAGAUGAACUAAAUUAUUUGUUAUUCAUUUUAAAUAAAACAUUUUUCGUAUUUUUA